CACUCGCUAGCAGACGAGCCACUCUUCCCUUGAGGUGACGUGUCUGUCUAGCGCCGCUGGCUGCUCUUUUUCCUCAGGUUUGAGUGAGUAGAGGUGGAUUCAGCUGCCUAGGGAUCAACAUGAUGCGAGUUAUAACAGCGAUUUUGGCUCUUUGUCUGAGCCUUUGUGCAGCUGAGACUUGCACAGACCCAGCCAUUUCUCCGUCUUCAUACACGACGACAGACGCGCUCAUCUCCUCCGAGACCGUCUUCAUCGUUGAGUUGAGUCUGGCGUGUGCAAACGGAGCUCAGAGGGUUGCUCUUUAUGCAGACGUCAAUGGCAAGCAGUUUCCUGUGACCAGAGGCCAAGAUGUUGGCAAAUACCAGGUCUCAUGGAGUGUUCCUCAUAAGCAGGCCAGCUCAGGCACAUAUCAGGUCAAAUUCUUCGACGAGGAGUCUUACAGUACUCUAAGAAAGGCUCAGAGAAACAAUGAAGAUGUUGAUGCCAUCAAGCCUUUGUUCUCUGUCAAUGUGGAUCACAGGGGUGCAUGGAAUGGUCCCUGGGUGUCCACGGAGGUCUUGGCUGCUCUGAUUGGCAUUAUGGUCUACUACCUGGCCUACAGCACCAAAAGUGCAAUCCAGGCUUGAGAUGAGAAGAAAAGUCAAUUUUCCACCACACUGUUCAAACUGGUCUUGAGGCAUUCCCUAUUCUGACAUUUAAUAUGCAGAUUUUAGUGCCAUGGACACCUUGGCUAAAACACGAGACUGGUUUGUUGUAGAGCUUGGGCAAAAAUAUCAAUAUGGACAUUAAUUAUAAUAGCCAAAGUUGGUGUUAUGUAAAUUUUUUUUUAAACAAACUCAAAUUAAAGAAAUAACAUUUUUCAUUUGUGCUAUUAAUAUUAAACCUCAGAAAGACAAAGACUGAGGUGAUUUAUCUGUGACUUAUCAUCAUAGUCCAGUUCUCUAUUGUGAAGUGUCCCAAAUAUCGAUGAAAUUCAUUGACUAUGGGAAUAAACCAUUUUCUCGAA